UGUAACUCACACGUCCACCAGUGGGUGGCGGUAAUGUACCCUAAACAUUGAAUGCCGACAACAUCCUGAAAUCCAACGAAGAAGAACUGAAGCCAGCAGGUUUAGUCCAGGGCUGUAUGUUUCGGUCACUGGGGGCAAACAAGGUUCCAGCUGUGUGCCGUCUCUACCAAUUUGCAGGAAACAGCUUGGAGCUGCAGAUUAGCAACAUCAGUCUUUAUAAUAACAUUAAAGCUUCCUUCCGAUGUUAGAUACAACACCCUAGAAACCUAUUCGGAGGACUGUAGCCAGUGUCCAGAUGCAUUUGUUUUUGUUUCCAACUGGAGACAAAUGGUUUUGAGUCAUGGAUCAAGGUGUUGUAGACAGUCCUGUUGUCCUUGUCAUCAAGGCACCCAACCAGAAGUACACUGACCAAACUAUAAACUGUUACCAGAACUGGACUGUGGAGAAACUCAAAGCACACUUGUCAGAUGUAUACCCAAGCAAACCAAGCUCCAAAGACCAGAGGCUGGUGUAUUCUGGGAAGCUGCUUUUGAAUCACUUUACCUUAAAAGAUGUGCUCAGAAAGCAGGAUGAGUACCAUAUGCUCCAUCUGGUGUGCGCCUCCCGAACCCCUCCCAGCUCCCCGAAGUUCCCCCGCAGCCGCAGUAACAAGCCUCAGGAGAGCUCUGCCGGUCCCACGCCCCUUCAAAACUCUACCAGUCCUUCCACUGCUCAUCAAAGCCAGUCAUCUACAGGAGAGAGCAGCGAUGGACUCAGACAGCGAACAGGACCCUUCCCUUAUCACCAGAUGUAUCCACAAUUUAUGGACAGCUGGAAUCAAUACUCACCACAGUCAACCCCUCCCACAAACAUGCCUGCUUAUUACAACCCCAUGACACUAAUGUGGUGGCAGCAGUUGUACGCCCGGCAAUACUACAUGCAUUAUCAGUUACUGGCUGCCUCCUCUCAACACCUCAGGCCAGAACAGCCCUCGACUCACUCUAACCCGCCCGACCCUCUGAGCCAGCGUCCUCAGGCGGAUCGCCGUGGCAACCCGGAAGUCCAGAUGAACGCCCAGGGGGGGGAGAUCAUGAACGAGGAGGAGCUGAACCGGGAUUGGCUCGACUGGGUGUACACAUUUUCACGUGCUGCGAUCCUCCUCAGUAUAGUCUACUUCUAUUCCUCCUUCAGCCGCUUUGUCAUGGUGAUGAUGGCCAUGCUGGUGCUGUAUCUGCAUCAGGCCGGCUGGUUUCCCUUUAACUUGGAGAAUGAACUUCUGCUUCCUGGAGAGAGAAAUCAGGACGAUAUGGAGGGAGAGCAACAAAACCACGACUUUCAGGAAAUGGAAGGAGUGAUAGACGACACCUCGGACGAUGAUGGCGAAAGUGGCGAGGAAGGAGCAGAAGAGCCUAACAGCGCCCCCCACACGGGCUUCCUCUCCUCCACGUGGUCGUUCAUCAUAACCUUCUUCAUGUCACUCAUCCCAGAGGGACCGCCAAACGCUGCUAACUGAACCACGAGCCGCCACAGUUCUCCACAAGGGCACACUCUUUCUUUAAAAGGAGGACGAGUAUCCUACCUGCUUAGGGAAACGGUUUCUGUUGCAGUACAGUGUUAUAGUUUUCCAAUAGUGUACUUUACUACAUAUCUAAGACUUUGAGCCAAAAUACAUAUGACUGAUUUAACACGGAAAGAGAAAAAUGAUCACCUCUUAUGGAAGUUUUUUUGUUUGUUUGUCUGCACAAAGACAAACCUUUUGAGCUGUUAUAUGAUACGAACAUUAAUUUAACUGCUGUUUACAAGGAUUGCUAGUGACGCCUUGUAAACAUAGUCAGAUGAAUAAUAGUAUGUGGCAAUGCAUUGUUUCUGUAAUUUAUGAAACGGGGACAGCAGGCACAUGUAUAAAGGAAAACAAUUACAGCACUGCAGCAUCGUGUUUGACAACUUGCAUCUCUUUAUUUUCCUUUGUGGGAAGCUGCAACAUUCGUUGAAAUAGUUUUGUUUGAAUUGUAAUGAUUUGUUGUAAUGGUGGUUGUAUCUAAAUAAGACAUUUAAAUUUAAAAGGGCCACCUUAGUUCAAGAGCUAAACCUUAGUGAAUAGUCCCGAGUCAUGUAGAGCCUGUGAUUAUUUACAUGAGAGAUCUUGGCCUGAGAGUUCAUAAAAUGUGUCUUAACACAUUGUGUAUGUGUUGACGUGUAUCUCAGAGCGAUGUUGGCUACGGAAGUGUGAUUUUUACUGAAGUGAAACAAUGAACCACUAAUUGAAAGAACUGAGUUAAGUAGAAGAAUGGAGCUUCCAAUAUUAAUGGAAAAUCAAACAGGACGCUCGUUGUUGGGAUUUAAAGUUGUGUGGCAAUGAGCGAACAAGAGAAAGUUUAAAAUGUCCUACUAUUAAAUAAAGCACUGCCCUAAUUCAGAGUUCAUGUAGGACAAACCUUACACCUCUUGAGUGUGUGAAAAUGGCUGCUGCUGUUAAUAUGUUGUGUACCAAUAAUGAUGAUCAUGUUUAUUAAACCUUCAUUCAUGGUAA